AUGGAUCAUGAAAAAGGUGCAUUCGGUGGACUUUCCACAUCGUUGAAGGCUGAACUCGAGCCGCAGCAUGCCGACCUCCUACUUUACGCUUGCUGCUUGACAUCGGGACUUGUGGAUAGCACGAUAUACCGCGGUAGGACAAAGUCCAAGGCCCGUCUACUUGCGGCACAUCUAACGUCUGCAGCCUACAACACUUUUGUUUCUAUGCAAACAGGAAACACCAUCUUCGUCGGACUGGGUGCGUCACACCAAAACCUCCGUCCGUACGGCUGGGCUCGCUCGCUCACUUCCAUCGGUUGCUUCAUCCUGGGAUCCUUCAUUUUCUCACGAUUACAUCGCAUCCUGGGCGCUCGGCGACGAGGGUCAUUGAUGCUGUCUUUCACGCUACAGGCCAGUAUAAUCCUGCUUACGGCUGGACUGGUUCAAGGAGGUGCCGUUUCUAGUGCGCUAGCUGGCAAAGGAUCCCAAGCAGUACCCCCAUGGGAUCAGGAAGUCCCGAUUGUUCUCUUGAGUCUCCAGUCUGCUGGUCAGAUCGUAGCGAGUCGUGCCUUGGGUUUCAAUGAGAUCCCGACCGUCGUGAUUACCAGUCUUCUCUGUGAUUUGAUGUCGGACCCCCAGCUGUUUCUUGUGAGAAAUGUGAAACGCGACCGGCGAAUCAUUGCGUUCGUGCUGACCCUUGUGGGCGCCAUCGUCGGUGGAUGGGUCACCAAGGCCACCGGGGCGAUUUCUCCCAUUCUCUGGCUAUCGGCUGGUAUCAAGGGCUUGCUCGUCUUAGCCUGGGCCUUUUGGAAAGCUAAGUAG